UCAGGCUCACAAUUCACCAGCAGUGCUUUCUUUUUUGGGGGACCGAAGCCUUAAUAAAAGCACUCCGUUUUAAAGAAGUGACACAAAACGUCCUGGCUUGGAAUAGAUUAUCUACAAGAUGACUCCAGACAAAUUACGUAUAUCUUGAUCUCCAUCACCUACCGACCGUAGCAUGGAUUUGACCAAUUGUACCAAUGUGAAUGGCUCCUCUGAAGAACCUACCGAAGGGCCAACGAGCAAGAUCUUGAUAUCCCUCACGCUCUCUGUGCUUGCUGUAAUGACGACGGCCAUCAACUCCCUCGUGAUCACAGCGAUAAUAGUGACGAGGAAGCUGCACCACCCAGCCAACUAUUUAAUAUGCUCCCUUGCAGUCACUGACUUUCUUGUGGCCAUCCUGGUGAUGCCCUUUAGCAUUGUGUACAUCAUCAAGGAAACAUGGAUCAUGGGUCAAGUGGUGUGCAAUAUCUGGCUCAGCGUUGAUAUCACAUGCUGCACCUGCUCCAUCCUGCACUUGUCUGCCAUAGCUCUGGACAGGUACAGGGCCAUCACAGAUGCAGUCGAGUACUCAAGAAAAAGGACACCCAAACACGCUGCCAUUAUGAUCUCGGUGGUGUGGGUUAUCUCCAUUUUCAUUUCCAUGCCGCCGUUGUUCUGGACAGCCAACAAGGAGGACGAAUGCCUCAUAAAGCACAGCCACAUCGGCUUUGCCAUUUAUUCCACCUUUGGCGCCUUUUACAUCCCGUUAGCCUUGAUCCUCAUCCUCUACUACAAAAUAUACAGGGCGGCCAAAACCCUCUACUACAAGAGAAGCGUAAGCCGGAUUGCAAAAGAGGAGAUGAACGGCAACGUCUUGCUGGAGUCCACAGAAAAGACUUCCAAGAACAACCCAUCCACCCUGUGCAUCCCAGAGAAAUCCUUAUCCGAACCUUCCACUGAUGGAGACAAGAUCCACAUUACUAUCAGAAACCCCAAAUGUGAAACCCGGAGAGAGAAGUCUUGGAAGAAGCAGAACAUUUCAAGCGCUCGAGAGAAGAAAGCAGCCACGACUUUGGGUCUGAUUUUAGGGGCAUUUGUAAUAUGUUGGCUACCUUUCUUUUUGAAAGAAGUCAUCAUCAACAUCUGCAUGAAGUGCUACAUCUCUGCAAACAUGUCAGAUUUUCUGACGUGGCUGGGAUAUCUCAAUUCUCUCAUAAAUCCACUGAUCUACACUAUCUUCAAUGAGGAUUUUAAAAAAGCCUUUCAGAAGCUGAUCAAGUGCAGACAUUACCUUUAAUACACAAAGGUGGUGUUUCGGGGAAAAAUAAUGUAGGGCUUGGGACUGCAGAACCAAAACUAUUUGAAAUGAUUGCUUUAUUUGCAGUAUCUAUUACAGUGAGUAUCAAAAUAUGGAUCCCCAGCAGAAUGUGUUGUAUUUGUAAAGGAUUUAUUAAUUGUAUUGUUCAAUUUUUUUUUUUUUUUUUAAAUCAGUAUUGGUAACGUACACAAGUUCUCUUUUUUUGCAUCUCCUUUUAUCUACAGUUGUGAAAUGGUAUAUUUUAUUAUUGAUGAACCCUACUAUAAAGAGUGCAGCUCUGAACUGGGCAAUCACUCCAACACCUGAAUUAUCUUUGAAGUAAAAGAAGCAAAAUUCCUCAAUAUUGAGACUUUACAAACAAAUUGUUGGUGUUCUGG